CCCCUUCCCUCUUAUCCCUAUCAUCAUCAUCCACCUUAUCCUAUCUUCUCCCCAAUCCCCUUGAGGAGAGGUUCGCGUAUCGAGACAGUCGUCCAGGUUUAUACCUUGAUCGACUCCUCCCCCUUUUUUCUUCUACCGAAUUGCCUCGGUAAUAGAGAGCCUUCCCCCGGAAGGCCCCUCAGAAAACCAGGCGUCAUGGCGGACGUCCGGUCCAAGGUAUGCAAUGACCCUGAAUUGGACCCCAACAGAGAGCCAGAACCCCCUACGCGGGCUGUAGACAGGCCUGUGCCCCGGCAUGGCAAGCGUGAUGCUCCCAAGGAGCCUGCCACCCAGCCCAACCUUCAUGAGAACAAUGCUCGCCGUGGCGGUCGCUUCACUGGCAACGAGGCCGCUUUCCGUGACCGUCAGGCCGGCAGCCGCAGCAACCGUGAGAAGCCUCUCGAUGAGGGCAAGGAGCCUCAGCGCCGCGCCUUCCACGCUCGUGGCGACCGUGGUGAGCGUUACCGCAACGAUCGUCAGUCCCGCACUGGCCAGGUCGACACCCGCAAGCAGGUGAACCAGGGCUGGGGUGCUCAGACCGGCGACAAGGCUGGUGACAAGGCUUGGGAUGACGAGAGAGCCGCUGAGAACCUUGCUCAGAACGAAUCCGAGCCCCAGACCCCCGCCAACGAGGAGCCCGCUGAGCCCGCCGAAAAGACCAAGACUUAUGCCGACAACCUCGACAAGAAGUGGGCCAACGCCAAGGAGCUGAAGCGCACCCCCGAGGAGGAAGAGGCCUACAUCAAGGGCAAGGAGGAGAAGGCCAAGCGCGAGAAGCAGCGCAAGGAGAAGAACGUCCUCGAGGUCGACAUGCGUUUCGUUGAGUCCCCCCGUGGUGGAAGCGCUGGCCGUGGCCGUGGUGGACGUGGCGGCCGUGGUGGUCGCGGUGGCCGUGGCAACGGUGCUCCCCGUGGUGGUGAGCAGCAGCAGCGCGGCGCCGCCCCCGUCACCGUCGACGAGAAGAACUUCCCCACUCUCGGUGCCAAAUAAACCUGUCCAGCAUUUGACGGUUGCCCGGACGAGGGGGAAUGGUUUAGUUUCACUGGCCUAAGAGAAUGUCGACCUGAUGCCCCCUUUCAACUCCCCAAGAGUCUGACGCGAUUAUGGAAAUUGGCGGGAACGAGCAAACACAGCAACUCAAAAAAAGGAAAUCUCACCGUCCUCGCGGUUUUCGUUUCCAUCUCUGAAAAUGGCCUAUGUAAUUUGAUUUGAGUGUCAAAAAAUAGGAAAUUGAGAAAAACCAAC